AUGGAAAGUCGGAGAGCCAAAAAAUCAGCUAGUCCGGUCCAUGCGCGUCAGAACAUUCCUCCUCAUAAUCAUGUGGGAGAGGCAUUUUUGCCAUUGGUCCAGCGGUUGAUCUCCAGUCUGAAAAUCACCCUUCCAGCACCGACUGUGAUUGGAAUGCCAGGGAACGCCGGAGAUCACCGCGCGACACCGCCCCCAACUGAGACGCACAUGCCUGUCUCCCCUGCGAGGUGGCGCGGCACAGCAGCUGAGGGCGCAGCUGGCCCGAAUAACUCCGAGAAGCCAGGGAGGUGGGUUGGCUCUGUCCGUUGGGAGAAGACCUCACACAACUGCUUGCUCGCUCGAGAAGCGGCCGUCCGAUCCAGUCCCGCGAGCCUUUGCCAGGCGGGACAGCAGGCAACCAUGGAAGCAGAGAACACCGCUCCUGCGAGAGCAAAUGAUCGGACGGUUCAGGAAACGGGGAAGGACAAGCUGGCUCAAUGA